UCUAUGCAUAAGGGUUAUGCAUUCGUGCAAUUCACAAAUCCGUUUGACGCACGUAGUGCGUGCCUCGGUGAAGAUGGUCGCACCGUCCUCAGCCAGAUUCUCGAUGUGAAUAUGGUAGCCGAACCAAAGCCUCACCAAACUGGACGUAAGCGACAGAACGUCUCCAAAACUGGCAACGACUGGGACUACUACUAUGACAGUUAUUACGCGUCGACCGCGUUUCCGCCGCGCUUAGCACCGCCGUUAAAACGGCCGCGUUUGAUGCCACCGACACGAGCACAGCAUCCGAAGCUACAGAAACAACAAUUGACAGCAAACACCGGCACGAUACCCGACUUGAAUCAACUUAAAGUGUACAGCAAUCCAGAUAUACUGAUCUGCGGCAACUGCAGGGAGAUGUUCACGGAACUCGGGGAGCUGUUGGAACACAAGCGGAACUACUGCAAGCUGCGGUUCACAUGUAAAUGUCACACCUUCAACGGAGCCGCCCCAAGAGACUCGACGACGGCAUUGCUCUGCGUCCUCUGCAAGUUAUCCUUUCCAAGUGCUUGGGAAUUGAUGGUCCAUGCCCAGGCAGCUCACAUGAUCAACAUUUACGAGUUGGGCACAAGAGCGCCGAGCCCGUCACGGAGCCCUAGCCUUGACCAGCCGAAGGAGUCGUCGCCUUCCCCGCAGGAUUUCCAGGAAAUCAAGGCUACGGAUUGCGAAGAGCGCGCAGAGGAAGAGGAACUUGAUGGACAUGAGUUAAUACCGUCCCCCGACAGUGGCAAGUCAACGGACAACGAAGCGGCUCUGUCGCCGAUCAAGAUUCGAUCUGACGUUAACGGGUUGGAUCACGAAGACUGCGACGAAUUGAUCCACGUCGAGAACACUACGCAGGCAUGCAUCAUGCAUACUCUCAGCAUUGAUUCGUCCUUGGAACUAAAUUCUGACACGAAUUCAAGAACAACUUCUGGAACGGUGAUGGCCUUGACCAAUGGUUCAUUAUCGGCAAAAGAAUAAAUGAGGAAAAAGAAAAAAAAAGGAAAGAUAAAAAGAGAAUAUUCAUCGGAACGGUCUUCCCCGGCCAACCAACGAGACAUAUCGAUCUCCUUUAAGGAUAACGCACCCGUUUGUAUAUAGCUUAAUUGCCUAACAAAUUAUACUCAGGAUCGUUAGAUCCCGUGGUCUAUGCCGGCUGAUCGAAUAUCGAUCAUUUUCCCAAAAAGAAACAAGUAUCAGUUUCAUUCUGGACUCUAUGCACUUGCAAUUCCCCUUCAAACUUUAAUUGAAGACUAACCCAAAUGGGAGAAAAAUAUAAUAGAAAA